UGGACACGAUAUGUAAGUCAUUUGUAAAAUUCUCCUCAGUAGGAAAUAGACAAACCAGUCAACAUUGUGUAUGAGCAGCAGAAGAGCUAAGGCUGCUUCAUCAAUGUAGGUUUUUCACCUUGAGUUAAAAAAAGAGGGACGGGGGACACUUUAAUGUCCAAAGCAGUUCAGUAAAGGACAACUGGAUUGUCUUGGUUUCAGUUCUGAACUCCCAAUGACUCAAUAUAUAUAUAUAUAUAUUAAUAUAUAUUCAGGAAUUCAGGGAAAGUAGUGCGCUCACAGUAUUAAAAAAAAACACACCUUCCACUGAGAGUAAAGUUUGGACUGCUUUCCUCCUCAGUUGGCCCUGACAUCCCAAACAUAGACGUGACUCCCUACAGUAUGACAGAGCGAGGAUAUUCAGCCCAGGAGAGAGAGACUGUUUCGUUACUCUGCCAAGCUCAGUCCAACCCAGCCAGCCAGUAUGUCUGGUUCUACAACAACUCCCAGGUCUACAUGGGCCCACAGUACACCAUCACCAAGGUCCUCCGCAUGCACACCGGCGACUACGCCUGCUUGGCACAGAACACGUACCUCAACACCCGCUCCAGAAAGACCAUCAGCCUUACAGUCUACUGUGAGUGUGAUCUAUAACAUCUGAACGUCUCAGCCGAUACUUUAGUGCUGUUCUUUUCUACUUCAUCUUUCUGUCAGAGCUGUCUGGAAACAACAACAACAAAAAAAGAUGGAAUCAGAUUUGUUCUUGCCAUUGCAUGUUUCCUGUUGCACAUAAACCUCAGUUCUACCUGCAUUCAAGAUUUUCAUUUUCACUUUUCUACCUUUGUAUUCUUACAAUUUAAAGAUUCAUUCAGAAAACACACACACACACACACACACACUCCCUCAUUCAGUCACAUAAGCACCGCAGAUUUUGGGAGUACUGCAGACCUUUUCUCCUGUUCGGGCCAUCUGGGAUGUUGAUGGGACUCUCAGUCAGGUACCUCGCUGUGAUGUCACAGCCAUGGCAAGUAUUGAUUGGCUGCACGGCCACUGCUUGCCAUUUUCCUCUUAUGUUUUGGUUUGCUGAGUUUUUGAUCAGGCAUCUGAUCAAAAAGCAAUGCAGAAACCAAGAGAGAGCAUUGCUGAUUCCUAAUAGAAAAGAAGACGUUAGCUCAGCUCUAUUAAGAGUAUGUAGUAAGAUAUCCAAAGACAAGUGGAUAUCAAAGCCCUUUCCACUGACACCACUUAAUCUUUUCUGUGCGCAUUACUGCUUUGUUACGCUGUUUCUUCUCCCCACAGACCCUCCCGAUGGAUCUCCGUCCUGUUCUGUGGAGCCAGCUCUGAAUCACACCUCUCUCAGACUGCUCUGCUCCUGGUCUGGUGGUUUUCCUCCAGCCUCAGUUCACUGGACUGGAGACCUGAAACAACUGGACCAAGAAACGGCUGACCAAGGGCUACUACCACAUCCACAAGCCAACACUGCCAUCGUGCUGUCGUCUCAGGGCCUGAUAUCCAACAACAGCUUGUUUACAUGCAGGGGCUCACAUGUGGCUCUGAAAGAGUUUACAGAGUGCAGCACACGUGCAUAUGUUCCCCCCGCUGAGCCAGUGUGUUUCGCCUACGUGACCACCAAUCGCCAGUAUCUGAUGUUGUCCUGCUCCUGGGAUGGAGGAGCACCAAGAGCCUUGGUGUGGUGGGAAGGUCCAGGAGGUCAGGGCAAAGCUGGGGAAGAAAACUCCAAUAUCCUAGUGCUUGGCUACGGCACAGCUCGUGGUGGGAAACCCUACACCUGCCACGCUAAACAUCCACUGUUGGCCCGAACUAAGACAUGUAAUCUCACACUAGAGGCUCCGGUGUUGUUGACACAGCGCAGGGUGGUGUCGGUGUAUGAGGGAAGUGACGUUCAGCUCACCUGCAACCUGAGAGCCAACUAUCUGCCUGGCAAUGAGAUUAUCUGGCUCAACAACCAUGGCAUGGAUGUGAAAGAAACUCCAAAAUACGCACUCAAUAGAAACACUGCAUGGGCCAACCUGACUGUGAGGGACACGGAGGAAAAUCAAGACAGUGGCGAGUACAGAUGUACCACCUCCAAUGCAGUGGGAGGAACCGAAAUCAAUAUCACUUUAGUGGUUAAAAGGCACCCCAUGCCACCUAAUGUGACCGUUAUCAAAGCAAUGUACAACAGCCGACAGCGUAACGAGGUGGAGCUGGAGUGGCAGGUACAGAGUGAGGAGCUGGGAGGUUGGACGGGUUUCAUUCUGGAGCAAAGGUGGAUGUCAGAGAGACCAGGAAGGAGCGGCAGCAGGAGAAACGAUUCACAAAAGGAGGAGAGGAUAGAUCAACAAGUCUGGUACCAAAAAUCGUUUCUAGAGCCGGGAUUCAGGAGUCACACAGUGUUGAGGCUGACGCCCACCAUUAACUACCAGUUUAGGAUCACCCCUGUCAACCACCGCACCAUUGGACAUCCUUCUGCAGCAAAGACUCCAGGUAUACAACAGAAUCUAGUCGAGUUCUAAAGACAGACAGGAACGAUUCUAGAACCUAAACUGUAACAAAUGUCCAGCAGGGGCUUGACACAGAAAACAGAGUUAAAGAAAGUAAAUGAUAGGAGUGAUGAUUUUUACUGUUGUUUAUGUUCACUGUCCCUGACAAACAGCCCUGCUCCAAUGAGAUCUAGACUAUUCUAACAUUGUUGACAUUAUGAUUAAUGGUGCAAUGACUUUGACGACAAGCUAACAUUUGUUUCUCCUUUGUGUUAUCCGUAUAGGUGAACAACUCACACACAAACAAAACGACACAACCACAUACACACACAACCUCACUGCUUCACAUUUCCUUUUUUACCUCCUUCUUUACUGCCCUGCAUGCUCU